CGGGGAGGGCCAGGAAGGCGCGGACUGGCGCGGACCCGCACCCCGGCCGUACACCACCAGCGCGCGCCGCCCGAGCAGGUCGUGUCUAGGACGUGCGGAACCCCCGAUCUAGGACGAUGUCGAGCCAGUAUCGGAUCCCGAAGAUGCGGGUGACGGCGGCGGAGAUGGCCGAGCGGAUUGAGGACUUCAACCCGGAAACGAUCCACGCCCUCCGGAAGUGGCUCGACGACCAGCCGCACUACCCGCCCACUUCCGAGGAGCAGCUGAUCCUGUUCGCGCACAGCUGCUACUACGACGUGGAGAAGAGCAAGAGCUGCAUCGACAACUGCUACAAUAUCGCCUCGUCCACGCCGGAGUUCUUCCAGAAGCGCGACCUGGACCUGCCCGACGUGAAGCACAUCCUCACCGUCACGGACAACGCCGUGUUUCCCAACCAGACGCCCUUAACUACCACCCUUUCUUGCACGGGUUGCAAGCCCGUCCGCCUUGAGGGAUGCCUGCUCCACUUCGGCCAUCCUGGGCAAAACUGUUCCAACCUUGAAGCCGGAGCUGCGGAGCAUUCUUUCUUCUACUCGGCUUCCGAGCUGGAGAAGCUGUACGACGCCAUUCCGAGGGACUGCCUGCCUCCGGACUUCGGCGGCACCCUGGGCAAGACUGUUGCCGAACUUCACGCGGCCAACACCGAGGCGCUGCGCGAGAUGCGCCAGUACUGGGCGGACCAGGCCACCCUCGUCAUCGACGAGACCAAGAGGCCCUCCAAGAAGGGCAAGAAGGACAAGGCCGUCGUGCAGGACGCGACGCCCGACAUCCGGAGGCUCGAGCUGGACUGAGCGUGUGCGAGUGUGUGUGAGUGUGUGUGUCUGUGAGCGCGUGUGUGCUGGAGUGUGUCGAUGUGUGUGUACGUGUGCGCGUUUUGUGUGUGAUUGAGUGAUGAGCGUUUGCGCGGUGCGACUUAAACCUUGUUUCGUGAAAUCUACUUCUUGUACCUGUAAAUGAUUUUAUUAGAUCAAUUUCGCCCGUUGACUGAUGUGUUUUUUUU